AAUUUAUUCAGUGUAAAAUGAUUUCCUACUAACGAUUUAAUUAUUUGAUUCAACAUUUUACAACGGUAUUUAUUAGAAGUGUACUGUUGUGACUUGAUGACAACAUGAACGUGCUAAAGCAACGUCUACCAAAAUCGUACAACAAUUUACAAACGCGGAUGAAGUCUACAAUUUAUGCAUUAUCUUCAGGAUUCGGUAAAUGCGGGGUGGCUGUUGUACGAGUUUCUGGUCCUAGUGCUUCGCACGCCAUACUCAAAAUGACUAGACUACCGGCUUUGCCCGAACCCAGAAAAGCCUGUCUUAAUAAGAUAGUUGAUCCUAGUACUAAAGAGCAAUUAGAUAACGGAUUAUUGUUGUGGUUUCCAAAACCUAAUAGUUAUACUGGCGAGGACAGUUGCGAAUUUCAAGUGCACGGUGGCAGAGCAGUAGUCGCUUCAAUACUUCAUGGAUUAUCUAAAUUACCUAAUUUUCGACCGGCAGAACCAGGCGAAUUCACUAAGAGAUCGUUUUACAAUAACAAAAUGGAUUUGACCGAAGUGGAAGGUGUGUCUGACCUCAUUGAUGCCGACACUGAACUACAGCGGAAACAAGCGUUGAUGCAACUAGAAGGUUCUUUGAGACAACUUUACAGCUCUUGGAGACGAAUUCUUUUAGAGAACUUAGCGAACGUGGAAGCUUAUAUUGAUUUUAGCGAAACCGAUAAUAUCGAAGAUAGUGUCAUGGUCAACGUGAGAUCAAGUCUACAAAAACUAUCUACGGAUAUACAGGUACACUUAUCGGAUAACAGAUCCGGAGAGCUUUUACGUGAUGGCGUUAAGGUAGCUAUAAUCGGGGCACCGAACACUGGAAAAAGCAGCUUUUUGAAUUUUAUGAGUAAUAGAGAAGCAGCUAUAGUGACAGACAUGCCGGGUACCACAAGGGAUCUGGUCCAAGUAUCUUUGGACGUGUCUGGAUAUUCGGUUAUAUUAACCGACACUGCGGGAAUUCGCACUGAAACGGUAGAUGUGAUCGAAGAGAUUGGAAUCAAAAAAGCUAUAGACCAAGCACGGGUAGCCGAUUUGGUGAUAUUAAUAGCAGACGUACAGCACAUACUCAGAGCAAACGAUAUAAACGUGUGGUUUCAAGAGUACAGUGCAAAAAUGAACGUAGAUCUCAACAAAUGUUUAGUGUUUGUUAACAAGGUCGACACAUUAUCCAUAGGCCAGGUCAACAAACUUAAAACUUUGUUGAAAUCUUCUUCUUUGGAGUUAUGUUUUGGUUCGUGUAUAACGAACAAAGGACUGACCAAAGUGAUGGCGGCAUUCGAGAAGUCAUUAAUCGAAUUGUGCGGAAAGCCUAAUUUUGAACAUCCUCGUUGUAGCCAAGCGAGGCACAGGUAUUACCUUGAAAUGGCGCUGGCAGACGUUAAAAAAUAUCUAGAGGACUCCAAACAAGACGUUAACGUUGACGUUGCAGCCGAGCAUUUGCGCAGGGCUACGUUACAAGUGGGAAGAAUUACCGGGCACGUGUCCACUGAAGAGAUGCUCAAUGUGAUAUUUUCUAAGUUUUGCAUAGGAAAAUAAAAAGUAAUAAUAAUACGUAAAACAUUACCUUUAAAUUAAAAGCAGUACACUUUUUUCAUUUGAAAAUGAAUCAUCAUGAUUUUUGUUUGUUUUGUACAUGUCUAAUCGUAACUGAUUGACAAUAAUUUAUAGCUACUUGUCGUGGAAAAACUAACUAGUAAUAAGUUACCUAUCUAUAUUAUAGGUUUAAGUGUUUAUUUUGUAUGUAUAUUGUUUCCCUCAAAAUAUGUUAUUUAUGUUCUAUACCAAAUAUUGUGAGUACCUACAGACUUAUUUCAUUAGAGUUAAUAAGACUCUGAUUUUUUUUAGUGUAAUUUAAUUUUU